AUGGCGCUGGCGGAGAAGCUAAGGGACGCGCUCCGGGAGUUCAUCUUCUACUCCCUAAUCCUGGCCGCCGCCGCCGCGUUGGCUCUCAUUCUCCUGCGCUUCGGCCCUAGGCUCCUCGCCGUCUUUUCCUUCUUGUGGCCCCUCCUGCUCUCCACCGCCGUCUUCCUCGCGGCCGUGCUGGUCUUCCGCGUCCUCUCCCCUCCCCACAGCGAGAACCAGAGUAACCAGACGGGAGAGGAUUUCCUGCACUUCGUUACCGAUCACACUCCAGAGGGGGGCAGUCUGGCAGGCCCCUCAGUGAGCGGAGAAGACGCCGAAACGGCUCAAGCGGUAGGAGAGCAGGAGACCAAGAAGCUCCUGUAG